UGCGUGGGACUGGGUGAGUGGCUGUCACUUCCUGCAGAAGUUCCCUUCGCAUCUGCUCAGGACCUCACCAUGCCCACCUCCCUCCCCGAAUUGGAUCUAGAGAAUUUUGAGUAUGAUGAUUCCGCUGAGGCCUGUUAUUUGGGUGACAUUGUGGCCUUUGGGACCGUCUUCCUAUCCGUCUUCUACUCCCUCGUCUUCACGUUCGGUCUGGUGGGAAAUCUGUUGGUGGUCCUUGCCCUCACCAACAGCCGGAAGCCCAAGAGCAUCACCGACAUCUACCUCCUGAACCUGGCCUUGAGCGACCUGCUCUUUGUGGCCACCUUGCCCUUCUGGACUCACUACCUCAUCAGCCAUGAGGGCCUCCACAACGCCAUGUGCAAGCUCAUGACUGCCUUCUUCUUCAUUGGCUUCUUUGGGGGCAUAUUCUUCAUCACUGUCAUCAGCAUUGACCGGUACCUCGCCAUCGUCCUGGCCGCCAACUCCAUGAACAACCGGACAGUGCAGCACGGUGUCACCAUCAGUCUGGGGGUCUGGGCGGCUGCCAUCUUAGUGGCAUCACCCCAGUUCAUGUUUACAAAGAGAAAGGACAAUGAAUGUCUGGGUGACUACCCCGAGGUCCUGCAGGAAAUCUGGCCUGUGCUCCGCAACUCGGAAGUCAACAUCCUGGGCUUCGCCCUGCCCCUGCUUAUCAUGAGCUUUUGCUACUUCCGCAUCAUCCGGACGCUGUUUUCCUGCAAGAAUCGCAAGAAGGCCAGAGCUGUCAGGCUCAUCCUCCUGGUGGUUGUUGCCUUCUUUCUCUUCUGGACACCGUACAACAUCAUGAUUUUCCUGGAGACUCUCAAAUUCUACAACUUCUUCCCUAGUUGUGACAUGAGGAGGGACCUGAGGAUGGCCCUCAGUGUGACGGAGACAGUGGCGUUCAGCCACUGUUGCCUCAACCCCUUUAUCUACGCCUUUGCU